GAUGAGUCAGGGAUCCUAAGCUUUGAUACAAACCAAACUCUAUUAGUUGACAUAAGCAUUUGCCCCCUUUAAAUAAGUAAGCAUCCAUUGAUGUGGGAUCCCCAUAUAAAAUUUAUUAUAUUACCCAGAAUACAAAAUAAAUAAUAAAAAUUAAUAGUAUCCUCUUCCAUUAUCAUUUUGCUUUCUCACACCUCUCUUCUUGUCCAUUAACUUCCCCUCUUUUCUUUCACUCUCUUAUUUAUAUAAGAGUACCAGGCACCAACAAUACCCUUUACCCACUAUAUCACAAAGUUCCCAUAAAUUACUUUUGUCUUGCAACUUCAAAGUUCAGCUGUGCCAUGACCUUUCAAAGGGAAGAACAAGAAACAGCAGAGAUAUCCUCACUCAAUAGUCACGAUGCUGAAUCAAAACCUACCAACAUCGAUCACAGAGGAAGUGAUGUAGAUGAUAACAUAAAAGAAUGGUUAAGUCUAGGACUUAGCAGACGUGAUCCUGUCAGCACUGCGACUGGGGACUGUGAGCCUGAAUCAUCAUCAUCGAAACCGGCUACUUCUGCUGCUGCUGCCAGUACCAAGAAGGUGUUCUCAUGCAAUUUUUGCAUGAGAAAAUUUUAUAGCUCACAAGCAUUAGGCGGUCACCAAAAUGCACACAAGAGAGAAAGAGGAGCUGCUAAGAGGUUCCAAUCUCAUAGAAUGAUGAUGGCAAGUCCUGUAGGGUUCCCUUUCAAUCCUUUAUCAGUUAGAUCGCUCGGCGUUCAAGCUCAUUCGCUUGUACACAAACCUAGCAGAGAUGGGUCUAAUUCAGUAGCUCGAUUCAGCAACGCAAACACAGGUUUUGGCUUAGCAUGGACACCAUUUAUGCUUGAAGAAGCAAUGGACUUCGUCUGGCCAGGAAGCUUUCGUGUGGAUAGAGAACAAGCAGCUUCAGAUUUGCAUAAGCUUGACUUGAAUCUUAGCUUGUAAUUAUGCAAAUUUUUCUUUUUCUCUUUCCUUUAUAAUUUUUUUUUUUUCCUAAUAUUCCCUUUUUCUAAUAUUAAUAUAUCAUCUAUGUAAUAUGUUAGAUGUGAACACUCAUGAAAUAAAAGAUACUAAUUUUAGUGUA